CAGCAAACCAAACUGAGGCCUACAGCGAAGGAGGCAUACACAUGUAUCACUACACUUCUGUUUAGGUAUCGGUAUUUAACCGAGUCAGAAAGGAAAACAUUCCCUUCGAACCUCUCAUUUUUUCCUCAUCAGACUUUCACUUCUGAACUCCAAAAUUCCACUCAACUAUCAUCACUGGCACUUCUCUUUACCGACCCGAAGAUGGCUUCCAGCACCAUCACCUCCCUGUCUCAUUCAGAGCUAGCUAGCCUUUCGGCCCCCGAUGGCAAAAUAACUGGGGUUCAGCACCUUGCCUCUUACAACUGGCUCGAGAGGCCAGCGGCAACGAUCUCGGUUCCUGGCGGGCCCCCUCGUUGGUCGCCGCCCUCCCACGCCCCGAAGCUGACUCCCGAUGCCGGCACGGUCUACAUCGAUCAGAACGCCGCUCGCAACCCGCGCUCUCCGCUGGAGCCGCUCUUCCUCGCCCUCUACACGGAGCACCCAGAUUUCAACAUCGGAGAUGUGGAUCUCGUCACGGAUCGGAACAACAUCCGCAAGCUCCUGCGCUUCGUGCAAGGGUCGUCCACCGACCCGUUUCAGAUCCGCGUCGAGGUGGCUGGCAAGAAGACCGCUUUGUUCACGCGCGUGGAGGAGAGGACCACGGAGACCAUCCAGGGCUUCCGCGGCUACGGCCACAGUUUUGAGAAGGCAUACACCAAGGGCCAGAGUGACAGUGCCGGCCACCACAGGAUUGUUUCGUACGCUUUUGGCGGGCUGCGGUGCAUCGUCCGGCAUGAGGUUGACGGCUACGUCCAUGACAAAAAGGCUGCGGUGGACGUUGCGGACGACCUCGGCGAUGCGAUGAAGAAACUGGCCAUCUCCAAGCCGGGAGUCGCCAUCAAAUAUCCCGGGAUGCUCAGCAUUGAGGAACAAGGCAAUGCGGUGGAUUUGUCGACGACUCUGGAGAUCAAGACUCGAGCGUCCCACCGUGCGCUCGACAUGGCGGAUGUUUCGCCGCAGCUCUGGAUCUCGCAGACUCCGCGCCUGGUUGUUGGCUAUCACCGGCGGGGCGUAUUCGAUGACGUGCGGCUCAGAGAUAUGACCAGGGACCUUGCGCAGUGGGAAACCAGAAACCAGAAGCAUCUCUCCAUGCUGGCUGGACUUCUGAAGAAGAUCAUCGACGUGGUCGGGUCCGGCAGUGGUGACCGCAGGGCGCUCGUAAAGUACGAGGGCGGAAGUGUGCUGAAGAUCGUUACCGUUGAGGGAGCUAGGGCGGCACUGCCUGAGUACUGGUAUCCAAAGUGGGAGACGAAGGAAGAGCAGAAGGUAGAGGGCGUCGAUGUGAAAGAGGACACGGAAGGUGCCACGGCGGUGGAAAACAAGAAGGAGGACACGGAUCAGUCGGCUAAGUGAAGUACUACAGGUACUACUAGUACCUAAACUACUAGUAGUAUGGAAUCUCUCUGCUCACAGGAUCAUUAGGUAAGCGUCUGAACUUGGUAACGUUAGUCGGUGGCAUUGCAUUACAGGGUCUGUCUAAGACUGCUUGAACUUGCCGAAAGUUCAAGUAGGCAAGCGUUGCUUUAUUGACUUGUCACCUGAAAUGGCUUUCGGUGGUCUUUCAUUUAUGAUGAUACUAUCC